AUGAAUGGUUGUAUGAUUUGUUGGAUUUUUACAAUUUUAAUUCUUGUUAUGGCAAAGAAAAAAUUGAAAGAGCAAGAAAUUAUUCAACGAACGCUAAAAGAUUAUGAUUGGCGUGUACGACCACGUGGUAGUAAUCUUUCUUGGCCAGACACAGGUGGUCCAGUGCUAGUCUCUGUAAACAUAUAUUUGCGAUCAAUUUCAAAAAUUGAUGAUGUUAAUAUGGAAUAUAGCGCACAGUUUACGUUUCGAGAGGAAUGGAAUGAUGCGCGAUUGGCGUACGAACGUUUAGCGGACGAGAAUACGCAAGUACCACCGUUUGUGGUACUUGCAGCAAGUGAACAGGCUGAUUUAACGCAACAAAUUUGGAUGCCAGAUACUUUCUUCCAAAAUGAAAAAGAAGCAAGACGACAUCUUAUUGAUAAACCUAAUGUGCUUAUCAGAAUACAUCCCGAUGGUCAAAUAUUAUACAGUGUUAGGCUUUCAUUAGUAUUAUCGUGUCCAAUGUCGUUGGAAUAUUAUCCAUUGGAUCGACAAACAUGCCUUAUCGAUCUUGCUAGUUAUGCUUACACCACUGAUGAUAUUAAAUACGAAUGGAAGCUAAAGAAUCCAAUUCAACAAAAGGAAGGCUUACGACAAAGUUUGCCAAGUUUUGAGCUUCAAGAUGUUCUGACGGAUUACUGUACAAGUAAAACUAAUACAGGUGAAUAUAGCUGUUUGAGAACAAAAAUGAUUUUACGACGUGAAUUCAGCUACUAUCUUUUGCAGCUCUACAUACCAUCAUUCAUGCUGGUUAUCGUUUCAUGGGUAAGCUUUUGGCUCGACAAGGAUUCGGUACCUGCUCGUGUUACCCUUGGUGUAACAACACUUCUAACGAUGACCACACAAAGUUCGGGUAUCAAUGCUAAACUUCCCCCUGUUUCCUAUACAAAGGCAAUAGAUGUUUGGAUUGGUGUUUGCUUAGCAUUCAUUUUUGGUGCACUGCUUGAAUUUGCUUUGGUCAAUUAUGCAGCAAGAAAGGAUGUAAACGCCGGACAUCGAAUGUUAUCAAAAUAUGCCAAUCAUAUGGAUUACUCAUCCGGUUAUCAACCUUUAGUAUCAACAACUGCUAUUAUGACGCCUACCCGUUCUUGGUGGUGUUUGCGACCAUUUGUCCGACGUUACAAAGAACGCUCCAAGCGAAUUGACGUUGUUUCACGCUUGGUAUUUCCAAUUGGUUACGCUUGCUUCAACGGUGAAUACAGUUGUGCUCGUGUAAUGCUACUACUUCGUCGUGAAUACAGUUAUUAUUUAAUUCAGCUUUAUAUACCGUGCAUUAUGUUGGUCGUCGUUUCCUGGGUUUCAUUUUGGCUUGAUAAGGAUGCUGUACCUGCUCGUGUAUCAUUAGGUGUAACAACAUUGCUAACGAUGACUACACAAGCAUCAGGUAUCAAUGCUAAACUACCACCAGUAUCAUAUAUCAAAGCAGUUGAUAUUUGGAUUGGUGUAUGCUUGGCAUUUAUUUUUGGAGCUCUAUUAGAGUAUGCACUGGUCAACUAUUAUGGACGACAAGAAUUUUUAAAGAAAGAGAAAAAAAAGAAAACAGAAUUUAAGGGUUGUUUAUGUCCAUCAGAUCAUCCAUUUAAUCAGGAUCUAAGGCAAUCGUUACGAUUAGAUAUGAAUACGUACAGAAGAAAACGAUGGACAAAAUUUUGGUUAAAUAGAUACCUUUGCGGUAAUACUGAAGUUAGCAAACGUGUUGACCUCAUUUCACGAUUUGCUUUUCCAACAUUUUUUGCUUGUUUUCUUGGUGAGUGA